ACAUUUUUCGAAACAAAAAUCAACCCAUCUCACACUCCAUCCAAAGAGAGAAGACGGCUGAGUUCCUUGGUGCUUCAGAGAGGGGAUUUAUGGCCGAGACACUUUUGUCAUUCGGAUUCGAGAAGCUUUUAGACCUCAUUUUCCGAGAAUCUGAGCGAUUUCAGGGAGUUGAAGAGCAGUUUAAUGGAUUAAAAAGUGAACUAGAGACGUUAAGAGGCUUUUUGGAAGAUGCAGAUGCCAAAAAACAUACAAGCACAAUGGUGAGAAACACUGUGAAAGAGAUCAAAGAGAUUGUUUAUGAUGCAGAAGAUAUAAUCGAAACCUUUCUUCUAAAAGAAGAACUUGGUAAAACAAGUGGAAUCAAGAAACGUAUUAGACAACUUGCUUGUGUUAUUGCUGAUCGUAGGGGACUUGCUUUUGAUAUGGAAGCUCUCAGUAAGAGGAUUGCUAAAGUGAUUCGCGAUAUGCAGAUUCUUGGUUUUCAACAGGUCAUUGUCAGUGAAAAUGUUACGCAGUCUAUACAUGAAAGAGAAAGGGUUAUGCGGCAUACGUUUUCUAGCGAUUAUGAAGACCAUCUUGUGGGGUUGGAUAAGAAUGUUGAGCAAUUGGUUGGCUAUUUGGUAGAAGAAGAUAGAAGUCAAGUGGUUUCUAUAACUGGGAUGGGUGGUAUUGGUAAAACUACCCUCGCAAGACAAGUUUUUAAUCAUGAGACUGUAAAAAGUCAUUUUACUGGAUUGGCGUGGGUAUGUGUGUCGCAACAGUUUACAAGGCAGUAUGUCUGGCAGACGAUCUUGCGGAAACUAAAGCCACAUCUGGUGUUAGAGAUGACAGAAGACGAGCUUCAAGAGAAUCUUUUUCAAGUGUUGGAAACACAACAGUCUUUGAUUGUUCUUGAUGAUAUAUGGACAGAAGGAGAUUGGGACAUAAUCAAACCAAUUUUUCCACGGGAAAAAGGUUGGAAGGUACUACUUACUUCUCGUAAUGAGGGUGUCGGAUUACAUGCAACUCCAACAUGUUUCAACUUUAGACCAGACUGUCUAACUCCUGAAGAAAGUUGGACACUAUUUCAAAGAAUAGCAUUUCCUAGAGUUAAAACUAGCGAGCAUAAUGCUGAUGAUGAAGAAAUGGAAGAGAUGGGUAAGCAGAUGGUCAAACAUUGUGGAGGUCUACCUUUGGCUGUUAAGGUGUUAGGCGGUUUGUUAGCCGCACAAUACACAUUUCGUGUGUGGAAAAGGGUAUAUGAGAAUAUCGGAUCCCACAUUAUUGGAGAGACUAGCUUCAGUGACAAAAAUAUCAGUUCAGUAUAUCAGAUUUUGUAUAUGAGCUUUGAAGAGCUGCCUAUUUAUUUGAAGCACUGCUUCCUCUACCUUGCUCAUUUUCCAGAAGAUUAUGCAAUAGAUGUGGGGAAUUUGUACUAUUAUUGGGCUGCAGAAGGAAUACCAAGGCCAAGGUAUUACGAUGGAGCGUCUGAUCGUGAGGUCGCAGAUGGAUACAUAGAAGAAUUGGUAAAGAGAAAUAUGAUUAUUUCUGAACGAGACAUUAUGACUUCGAGAUAUGAAACAUGUCAGUUGCAUGACAUGAUGAGAGAAGUUUGUCUGCGUAAAUCAGAAGACGAGAAUUUUGUACAUAUUGUUGAUGCAAAUACUGGAAACUCUCAGUCUCCAUGUAUAUCCCGCAGACUCGUCAUAGAUUUGCCUGGUCAUAGGUUUAAUAUGGAGGUGCAUAUGCUGAAUCCAAAACUUAGAUCUCUCUUGUUUAUCAAGCAGCUUCCAAGGUUAGAUAAGAUGUCAACAAGUUUAUGCUUUACACGGCUACAGUUGAUGAGGGUUUUAGAUCUCUCUAGAUGCCGGUUUGAUGGAGGCAAGCUACCCUCUAGCAUUGGAAAGCUAAUCCACUUAAAAUACUUGAGUUUAUACCGUGCAUGGGUAUCUCAUCUACCUUCUUCUAUGCGGAAUCUUAAGUUGCUUCUUCAUUUGAAUCUGGAUGUAUUGGGAUGUCCAAUCUACAUGUCCAAUUUCUUGAAGGAGUUUCAAGAAUUGAGAUACCUCUACUUACCGUGGGAAAUACAAAAUAAGACAAAGUUGGAAUUGGGUAAUCUAAUCAACCUGGAGACGUUGCAUAAUUUCUCAACAAAGCAUAGUAGUGUUACGGAUCUUCAACGUAUGACAAAGCUAAGAGGUCUCUCAAUCAUAUUCAACAGCGAGGAGUGCACUAUGGAAGCAUUGUCUUCAUCAGUAAGUGAAUUUAGACACCUGGAGAGUCUUAUUAUAUAUGGUUAUAAGGUAUACGCUCCCAAUAGUGAUGAAGAAGGAUUUGUUUUGGAUUGUCGUCAUCUCAAACAGCUGAAUUUGACUAUAUAUAUGCCCAGUUUACCUGAUGAGCAACACUUCUCUUCUUACCUUACAACCAUAUCUCUACAUCAUUGUCGUUUGGUGGAGGAUCCAAUGCCUAUUUUAGAGAAGAUGCUUCACUUAAAGGUGGUUACGUUAUGGCAUAACGCGUUUGUUGGGAGGAGAAUGGUUUGUUCGAGUGGUGGGUUUCUUCAGUUGCAGAAGCUUAUAUUGAAAGAACUAAGUCAGUUGGUAGAAUGGAUAGUGGAAGAAAGGUCCAUGGCUCUUCUUCGCACUAUGACUAUUCGUCACUGUGAGAGUUUAAAGGAGCUUCCAGAUGGGCUGAGAUUUAUCACUUCCUUGAAAGAACUGAGCAUCUAUACAUCUAAGUGGGAAUUUUUGGUUAAACUGAAAGAAGGAGGACAAGAUUACUACAAAGUCCAACACAUUCCUCUUUUGAAAAUUCCUGUAUUUGACAAGAUUACUUCAGACGAGGACUCUCCAACAAUAGACAACCAGGCGAAUAUCUUCUGAAGCGAAGAUGUUUUCAAGUGGAUCAUGAUCGUGGGAGAAGAGUAUUAUUAUAAAUCCUUAUACAAUAAUAGUAUCAAUACUCUUCUUCCCUUGUGCCUUGGAGAGCUGAGUAGUUUUCGGAGACACUUUAAUCGUUUGGAUUUGAGAAACUUAGGGACCUGCUUUUCCGUGAUUUUGAGCGAUUUUAGGGAGAACUCAUUUCGGAGUUAUGGCAGUGAAAUGUCAUUAGAGUUUGGAAGGAGGAGAAGUUUACUUAUGCAGAGUCGACCAGGAAAAAUGAAAAAUAGGAUGUUAAUCUAUCUGUUGAGAAGAUCCCUCUUGAGUUUCCUAAACUGCUUUCAGCAUCAAUGUUUCAGUGGACGAAAUGCUUUAAAAGGACCAUAUAUCUUUCUCUUGGUAAGAAUGAGACGUAAGGUUCCUUCUUAGCUCAAUAUUUCCAGUAAUCACUAUGGUAGCUGCAGUGUUUUGAGCUAGCAUUCUAUAUAAGUCAAUGUUAUAUUGUUUCUGUGAAAAAAAACCAAAGAAGUGAUUAUCAUUUUCUAUAUUUUAUUUUAUUAGACAGAGAAGACUUAAACCAGUUUGAUGAAUGAAUCCCACCAAGCUUGACCAAUGUUUAACUGACAUUUAUCCAUUCGUUUCUUUUUUCUUUUUGGGAACCAAUACAAAAUAACACGUGGCCAAAGAUUGUUGAAGACUUUCUGGCCAAAGCAGGUGUUGGUUGACUUGGAGUCAACUCUUAUCGUUAAAAAAAAAUACAGAUCAGUUGAAUGAGUAGCAAAUUCCAGGAGGCGAUUAUUACUUUUCUCUCUUUAGUUUCGGUGGA